AUGUUGAAAGUUCACCAAGAAUUAAAUUUCACUCCAACUAAUGGUACAUACGACCUCCAAGCACUCCGAUGGCAUUUUUCAUAUGGAGGAGUCUUAACAAUUCCUUCAGUUGAAAAAAUUAUUCAAAAAGCCAAGGAGAUAUUAGUUUUUCAGAAUAAUGUUGUAGAUGUCACUGGGGACGCUAUAGUGUUCGGUGACUUACAUGGCAACUACUUCGAUUUCAUCACUGAGCUUGAUGAUGUGGAGUAUAUGAAGGACAAGAGUACAUUUAUUUUUUUGGGUGAUUAUGUUGAUCGUGGCUCCUUUUCAUGUGAAAUAAUUAUAACAGUUUUAUGUCUCUUAAUCAACAAUCCAACACGUGUAGUCUUACUUCGAGGGAAUCACGAGUGUUUACGUACGAGUACUGUCUAUGGAUUCAUGCGAGAAUGUAGUUGGAAAUACAGUGAGUCCCUUUACAUCAAAUUUGCAUUACUCUUCCAGACGUUACCUUUAGCUUCAUUACUUCACACGAAGAGUGGUGUCUAUUUUCUUUCACAUGGAGGGUUCAGUCAAUGGUGCAUGGACAUUACUUCUAUCAACAAAAUACCACGAAGACUUGAACCAGAAGAUAAUACUGACUUAUUAGAAAUGGUAUGGUCGGAUCCAUUGAGUGAUACUUUAAUUGAGAAUGAUAAACACCUUUCAGAGCAUUGGAAUACCCUUCGAUUCAUGCCAAAUACAGUGCGGAAAUGUGGGAGUUAUUAUGGGUAUAAUGCUGUGAAGGAGUUUCUUGAUGCCAUUGGAGCGAAGUGUUUAAUACGAGAACAUGAAUGUGUCAAGAAUGGAAUAGCAACUACCUUCUUUGGAAAUACAGAGAGUACUUAUCCAUUGUGUUACACGGUAUUCUCUUCUCCAAAUUAUAUUGACAAAAACAAAGGGGCUAUUCUAUUAUUUAUGAAUGAAAAAAUAGAUGUCAAAAGGUAUUCUGGUGGUGAUGUGACUCUCAAAUAUACUCCACUCCUUAUCAAUGGCAUUUCUUAUUGUAAUUAUGUCUUAUGUAGAACACUGGAUACUCUCUUCAAACUUCUCAUCUUAGACACCUUCUCAUCAGUAGACUCCGAUAGUGAUGAACAAAUCACGUCUAAUCCACCAAUUGAAGAGUCAAUUGCAGAACAAAACUCAAAAAAGAAGAAGAGACGUAAUAACUCUUUAACUCAAGUUAAUUGCAAAGAAAAGAAGAAGAAGCUCUCAUGUUCAAUAGCCUGCGAGAACCCGACAAUGCACAAUUUGAUGAUUGCUGAAGAGGACAUAGCACCCCAGAAGUGCGAGAAAACGAUGAGAGUUGUCAAUAAAGUGCAAGAAAUUAGAUUAGAGUCUCAUGAGACGAAUUAA